GCUACACAAGAUGGCGACCUCCAUUGGAAAACUUUGCGUGAUAUUUACAUUUUUCUAAGUACAUUUACUCCUUUAUAACGUUGUUAUUUCACACGUAAUUGUGGGUAUAGUGUUAGAGAUUAUAUAUCACUACAUACACAGCCACAAAUUAGUUUCGUUUGAAUCUGAGAUUUGCCAACAAAUGCCAUAAUGUUUUAUCCAAAAUCUACUAUCCAACACAAUAUCAAUGUACAUCAAUGCACUGGGAGGCAAAUGUUGGCGUCAACAUUCAUUCUGUUCGUUUUGAUGAGCUGUGCUUCAUCCGCAGUCGAGAAUAAAGUGGGCCAUCGUCCAAAUAUGCCAAUCUCAAAUAAAGCAAAGACCGAGCCGUUACAGUGCAAGACGUCCAAAGGGGGCUUCGAAUAUGCUGGCUACCAGAACAACACUAAAACUGGAAAACUCUGCCAGGCAUGGGUCAUGAAGACGCCCAAUGACCAUACAUACAAAAUGGAGAAUUUUCCGGAUGAGAGCUUACAAGCAGCUGAGUACUACUGUCGCAACCCAAACAGGGAUCCCCAUGGGCCUUGGUGUUACUUGAAUAAAGGGAAGGGCUCUGAGUAUUGUGAUAUUCCUUAUUGUGAGGGGAAACAGUACAGGCAAGAAUGCAGGCAAGAUUUAAAGGGUAUGGAGUAUCGCGGUACUAUAAACACAACGAUGUCCGGCUUUACGUGUCAGCAUUGGGAUGCGCAGAAACCCCACAAACACAUCUACAAGGACGUCAAUCAAUUCCCCGAGAACAAUUUAAGCCUGGCGGAGAACUUCUGUCGCAAUCCUGAUGGAGAGUCGAAUGGGCCGUGGUGUUUUACAACAUCCUUUACCCGUGGAUGGGAGUUGUGCCCAAUUCCGUUUUGUUUCAUUAAUGAGUGCAAAAAGUACUUCAAUGGUUCAAGAUACGCAGGAAAGGCGCAUCACACACACACCGGCAAAAAAUGUCAACGUUGGGACAGCCAGUUUCCUCACAAACACCACUACACCAAAAAUUCCAUGUUCCCCGAAGCUACCGUUAGCCUUGCAGAAAAUUACUGUCGUAAUCCCGACCCAGUUGCCAAACCGUAUGGGCCGUGGUGUUAUGUAACAGAUAUUGUAGGAUUAGGAAAUUCGACACAAUUGUUUGAGUACUGUGAAAUCUCGUUGUGUGACAAGACCAUGGAACACUGGACUGGCGUUUUUGAGAACCAUCAAAAAUGGGUGGGAAAGUACCUUUACAACAAAAAAUGGCGAUCUUUUAAUUUCACUGUAAAAGGCAUCAAGUUCCCUUGGGAAGACCAACGAGGUGGAGUCCUGAUCGCUAAGUUUGAUGAUGGGUCGUCGUCGUUUGAUGUAGAAGGCUGGAUGAACGAAGAAUCCAACUUCAUGUUCCACCAGAUUAAGCAGUACGUCGUGACGGAAUGGUUCAUGCAUGGUUUCUUCAUCACUGGACAUCUCCUGUACGAUCAUAAGAAGCAGACUUGGCAGUUCCAGGGAAUCCCACGAGGCGGUAUGAUGGCCAUCAACGAGUUUCGUAUGUCCCCUAAAGAUCAUCUUACUAUCGGUAUUGGGACCCGUCCAGCAACUCAUGGCCACGCAUCGCACAGUGUCGCUGGUGUAGCCGUGGGAUCUACCAUAGGAAUCUUAGUAUUAAUCAUCAUCAUUGCGUUGGGAAUCCUUUACGCUCGGAAAAAGGGCCGCCUCUCAAAUAAGCCAUAUCUCAUCUUUCAUAAUCCACGAGGAGGAGUGGAGGAUAGUGAACGACUUUCCAUUGAAUUGGACUUGGAUUCAAAUGAUAGUUCCAUUGAGUUGGAGUCAAAUGAACAUGAUUGAUAAUGAUAUGUGAGUAAGGCCUAAAACCCCUGCCGCCAGACAGAAAUUUCCUCGUGUGCAUUCCUCAAUCAGUAAACAAGGCCUUAAAUCCCAAGUUGCACCAGACAGAAAUGUCCUAUAGUGCGUUCCUCAAUCAGUAAACAACGCUUUAAACCCUGUGUGUUUUCCUCUGUUAAAAGAUGGAUUAAAACCUGUCCAGUCCGACAGAAAUAUCCCAGUGUGCCUUCCUCACCAAUAUCUAGUCCCAACACCAGUCACCUGCCAACCCAUAUUGGCAACUGGCAUUAUCUUCAAUAUCAGCGGUUCCAGUCGGGUCGUGACUGUUACGUUACGUAUGGAUGAAUUAUUGGCUGUAGUGGAAUCCUGUAAGGGUAACGUCAAAAACCGGUGUAAACGUAACUAACAGUCACCACCCGUGUACCAGUUUAUCCUUGUCGCCGUGUAAAUAGGCUUUUUCAGCACUAAGCUCCUUAUUUGUCCUUUUACAUAAACCAGUAUGAAGAUUCCGCCCGCUUACAAAUUUGCUGAGAUUCAUAUCGUCCAGUUUCAUGGCAGCAAUUUUAUCCUGGUUGUUUCCGAAUUUUUGAAUAUUGAAAACGUUGCGCUAGUUUUAGGUGCUGUUGUCCAAGAAUUGAAUGUGGCAGCUUUGCUGUUGUCCAGAAAAUAUUUUCAUUUUUUGGAAUUUGCUUAAUGUAUAGCAAUUCAGAUUUUUGCACCUGAUAAGCUUGAUAUGCCAGCACUAUCAUAUCAGAAUGAUCAUAUCGUUUUCAAGUAUUUACUAAACCAUUAUUUAAGAAAUGUUGUAAAUUUAUACAAUCAUUAAAUCUGUCUGGUAUUGGUAACGAUGUCCAAAAUAAAUGUGGUACUUCAAAUUUAUAUACCUGUUACAGGCUCACCUGAUACAAUUAAAGGGAACUGAAACCGCCAAGCCAGUUCGUAUGACCUCGUUUUCAUUUCCCGCGUAUCGGGUGAUCAGAACGAGGCAUGAAUGAAACAUGGCGCCUAGCUGUCAAUCAUUGAGUGACGUCACUACUACGGAAUUUACUACGAAAACUCUUGAAUGAAAGAUCGCAUGACUCACGUGAUUCUCACAUGAUUCUCAAUAAUAACAAAUUGAACUGCGCAUGCUCGGGCAUUGGGGGCGGAGCUACAAAUCUGAACUCGAAUAGCAAGUUGGAAGUUUGACUUUCUCGGGCGGUGAAAGUCGAAAAGUUGAAUAAAUCGCUCGGCGGUUCCAGUUCCCUUUAACUAACAGAAUUAUACAAUAUACAUGUAGGAUAGGUUUCAUGAAAUUUUAACUCUUAAAAUUGCAGAUGGUGUUGUUAAGUGUAAUUGUGGGCUCAUGUGGAGGGAGGACUGUAAAGUCUUGAUAGGGUAUAGGUGCCAUCUGGACUCUGGGGCUGUGCUCAUCUAUCAUUCAACCCGUCCUUGUGAGCUGGCUGCCGCGUCAUAUGGAUCUCUGACCGUCUCCAGUCCUGAGAUGACAUCAGCUCAUCGAUCAUAUCAUAACUUGUCUACUUCUGUCUCCUAGUCCUGAGAUGACAUCAGCUCAUCGAUCAUAUCAUAACUUGUCUACUUCUAUAUUUUCUUGUUUUUGUACAGGCUUCCAUCUUUCCAGUUUAUCUGAACAGCAAGCUUGUGUAACCAAUGGAGUAGAAAUCUAUAUUAAGUAAGGAAAGGUCAUACAAUUAAAGCCGUGGUACAAUUAUUGUCUCUGUUUGCAUUUUAUGUGUGUUGCCAGCUGUUUCUCACACGGUAGGGGUCAUGUAACUGAGGCUAUAAUUUUAUUACUUAACCUUGGAUUUGAAAAAUAACAGUGCCAUAAGAUUGUCAAUUGUUGCUGUGCAGUUUUGACGUUUUGCUUUCAGAAAAAAACUUCUGUGUUUAAAACAUACAAUAGAACCUCUCUAUUAAGGACACCCUUGGGACUGACAAGUGCUGUCCUUAAUAAUGAGGUGUCCUGAUUAGAGAGGUAAAAUUGAAUGGAAACAACCAAUUUAGGACCAAAACUGGUGUCCUUGAUAUAGUGAGGUUGUCCUUAAGAGAGAGGUUCCACUGCACUUGUAUUCAAGUGAUUUGUAUCAAUUUAUCGGGGAAGUAUCUGAGAGGUGUAAAUAUAUGUCUUGCUAAUUUAUCUAAAACUUAGAGACAGUAAGACUUUCAUUCUUGCUACAUGUAUCACUAAAUAUGGUUUAGACAUCCAGAUGAUUUAACCUCUUUAUUCUAUACUUGAUCUAUACUAUAAUCUAUAAUCUAUACUUGAUAUAUGUAAGAAUAAGGGUUUAGUGGUUGUGUUAGCAAACAAAAUGAGAUUCACGGUAUGCAUGCAUGAUGUACAUAGAAAUUUCUCCACAUUCUUUUUGCAUGACUCAAUAACUUUUGAAAUCUAUUGGAGUGCGGUCAAUAAUUUAGAUGUCAUUUUUUGCGUGGCUUUCUUUUGCUUCUUAUGAACAAAUUAUAGUAAAUACAUGUAUAGACUUCUUAAAUUUCAAUAUGUAUAAUUAUUUUCAUUAUCAUUACCAUAAGUUUUUACUGUGAUAGUUUAUAUUUUGACUUUUUUGUGCUUAUUUGAUGCAUUUUGUAGUUAGAUUCUUCUACAUUUAACUUUUGGAUCACAGUCUGACAGAUAUAUAUGUUCCUUGUUCGUUUAAGUGGCCUAAAGUUAGUGUUGGAUAAUUUUCUUGCCUCAAGGACCUUAAAAAAUGUCUUGUGACAAAUUUCAGGUAAUUUAGGCAAUCUUGCCUUUCAUAUAACUGGCAAGAGAAAGAUUUCGACUACAUUUAGAUAAAAUGACUGGACUUUCUAUGUGCAUACAGUAUGAGGAUCAAGUGCACACUUUCAUGGCAUUGUAUGAAUUUUAAGCAAAUAGAAUAUUCUAGGUAGUAAUGAAUAACAAUACAUAUUUAUAUAUAACUUCAUUGUUCACUUGGAUAUAUAACAAGUUUGAAAUGCUAUACAUCUUUUUUCGAAAAAUUUCAUCUAACAUAUUUCAUCUGUUGAUGAAAAUUUGUCCAUCC